CAAACGAGAACUGUCGGUUGCCUGCCGAAGCUAUCAUAUCGCAGGUGUGAGGGAUUAUCUUAGAAACGAGACACACUUCAGCAGUCGGCGAAGAUGUCACUGAAAACACUGCCCUUGCUUUUCAUCAAUCUUGGUGGAGAGAUGAUGUAUAUAUUAGACCAAAGACUACGGGCUCAGAAUAUCCCAAGCGAAAAAGCAAAGAAAGUGCUGAAUGACAUCGUACAGACGAUGUUCAACAAACGCUUCAUGGAGGAGCUUUUCAAGCCACAGACGCUAUACUCCAAGAAGGCCAUGAGGACAGUGUUCGACAGACUGGCACAUGCUUCCAUCAUGAGGCUCAAUGCCGCCAGUAUGGACAAGCUGUAUGAUCUGAUGACGAUGGCCUUCAAGUACCAGAUCUCCCUGUGUCUCCGUCCCAAAGAGAUUCUGCUCAUCACCUUCAACCACAUGGACGCUGUACGCAGCUACAUUGAUGGGGACUCCAAUGCCAGACAGCAGGUGGACCAUGUAUAUAGAAUGUUGAUUGAGACAUACGUACCAAUGUCUGCUGGGGAGUUCCACCUGGUCAGACAGACACUUCUCAACUUCUUCCAAGAUAUGCACAUCAGGGUUUCUAUAUUUCUAAAAGACAAAGUACAGAGUAACAAUGGCCGCUUCGUGCUGCAGACGUCUGGAGAACUCCCCUGGGGCACAGAGGUGCCCGGCACCAUAAGAUCGUUCAGUGAAGACAGUAAGGUGAGCAGCAGCUCCUUCCCCUGCAACAGCUACUCCUUGGCAGCCAAGGAGGGGUCAUAUGACAUGAAGGGGGACAGGGUCACCAAGCUGGGCACCAACAUGUACUCUGUGGCCCGGCCAGUGGAGUUGACCAGUAGUUCUGCACACAGUGGCUCCACAGUAUCUGAUAUCGACUCAGCCACCCCAAACCCACUUGCCAAGGCUCACCUGGACCUUCUCUCACAACUCAUUGGCACAAAUGUCACCAAAAAAACUGAAUUCCGUCUGAAUCUAUUCCACACAGAUGAAGAGGAGGAACAAGCAGCAGCAAUACGACCAAUAGAAACAGCAGAAUCCAAGGUGGUCAAGAUAGAUGCAUCUAAGAAACAAAAGAAUGCUCAACUCAGUAAGAUAAUGGGUGAGCUGACAGUGGAGGGCGGCUCCUCCAGCCAAAGCGACGACCUGCUGGACCUAAUGGACAGCUAACAACGGCAUGGUGUAGACAUGUUUUGACGCAGUUGGGAGAGGACAUCUCAGGACACUCAGCAUUGUGUGAAUGCAGCGAGACUAACAGAGAAUUACAUCUUUGUUUUUCUCCCAUCCAUGUAUGAAGCCAGUUGAAGCUAACAUCUGGCAGCAUUUGUGUUUUCUUGAGUCCGUCCAUGACGACAUGGGUAUAUUCAUGAUAAAUGACUGGCACAUAAUAUCAAAAAUCCAUCAAAUCAGAUAGAAAAUUGUUAUGCAUCAAUGUAAGUGUAUCGAUAAUUAUGGCUAUAGAUGAUUUAUCUGGAGACUGGGUACUGAAGUUCAGUUUAAUUAAUUGUAUCGGAAGACUAAAGUAGAUUAUCAAAGAUGAAUUGAUUUGUUGGUGCAUUGGAGUACAUAAUAAGUGAUAAGAGCAUAAACUUUGAUGGGGAAAAUUCUUUCAUGAUUGACUGUACAUAACUACUCAAUUUCAGGGCAGAUCAAUGUCCAAAACAAGUAAGAAGAAUCUCCUUUAAUAUACUGAGUUUACACUGAGGAGUGAGUGAGUAUGGUUUUACGCUGCCUUUAGCAAUAUUCCAGCAAUAUCAUGGCGGAGGACACCAAAAAACAGGCUUCACACAUUGCACCCAUGUGGAGAAUUGAACCCGGGUCUUCGGCGUGACAAGCGAACGCUUUUAACACUAGGCUACCCCACGCCCUAACACUGAAGAAGAUGGGACUUAAUUUGUUAAAAGCUGUUAGUAUAAUUUAUGUCAAAACAUUGGAAUCUUACCGACAGUGGUUGAUGAUAAAACUAUGGCACUGACAUAACAGUUAUGAUAUAAACAUGGUAUUUGAAAGA